ACAUGCGCAAUUCACAAAGUAGUUAUUUACUAUCGAACCCGUAAAUUGCCACAGUGUGACGUCUGGUGUUUGGCAACAGGCAAUUAUAUUUUUUUUCGGGCAUGGCCCAUGAUCAGGCUGCUCUUUUACUUAGCAGACAACUUAAAGGUACGGUUCAAUUUGUGAUUUCUUGAAACGUAAGGUCGUACAUGUAAAGCAAAUAUUUGCAUGUUGGCCUAGAUUCUAGGCUAGAAGCGUAGAAUGCUAGCCUACACUACAGAUUAUUAAUUAUUACAUUUUCAUUUAAUAAAUAAUACUAUUAGGCCUAGGCGAGGACUACAACCUACUGCAUGAUACAAAUACAUGAACUGAUUAUAUUUUGACGGCAAAUUUUGGGUUAACGGUAUGGAUUUUGCCAAGAGUUGUCUCACCCUAAGCGCAGGGAAUCCCAACCACUGGACCUAGGGGGGGGGGGUUGAUCAAUUGGGACAAUUGUAGUUAUAGGACCUGAAAGUGAAGUGAAAGAUGUGUGGUGACUGACUGUGAGUGGAGUGUGAUAGAUUUCCUGUUCUUUACCUGAGCAUUACUCACGUCAUAAACUAAAUCUGGUUAAAGUCAGUUCAGGUGUGUACAUAUUAUUUCUGGUCGAAUUUCGUAUUUUCGCGUGUAAAAUUAUGUAAAUUUUUUACUAAAGUAAUUUUUAAAGUAAAAUGACAUAUUUUUGUUGGAUUAAAACAAAAUUUUAACAAAUUUUAUGAGAUAUAAAAGUACAUUUUUAUGGAUCUUUUGAUUUUUACAGAGUCAUUUUGUAAUGUGGUAAAUCAAGGAUAGCUCUUCUGUCUUUAACUUUAAAUAAAGAUACAGUAUAAAAGUUGCCCAAUUGAUAACCGGAGUUAUAUAGGGAACUCAUACUUGACAUACAUAGCCAGUUUACAAGCCACAUUGCAUUUAUUACAUUCCAUUUUGUUUAAAGGGGUGCGCCUUGCAAGAAAUUCCAUAGUGUUGCCUCACAAAGUGUGCGUAUAAACCAAAUGCUGCAUCAUUUAAAAUUUCCAUUGGAUGAACAAUUUUAAUUAUUGUUUCUUGGUCGUCCUGUCAUUUUGAACAAAGUGAUCCCACUGCCAGCAAUACCACAAAACAAGUCCGUCUUAUUAUAUAUAAUCACUAGCCCUCACCCUCAUUUGACUCAGCGCUAGAAUAACCAGUGUAUACAUAUUUCUUUUGGGGGGGGGGGGGUGUAAAGAAAUUGUGAAAAAAAUUGUGACACUUCGUGACAAGGGGGUCUAAGAAGGUCAUUUUUAGCCUGACUCAGCAAUACCACAAAACAAGUCCGUCUUAUUAUAUAUAAUCACUAGCCCUCACCCUCAUUUGACUCAGCGCUAGAAUAACCAGUGUAUACAUAUUUCUUUUGGGGGGUGGGGGGGUGUAAAGAAAUUGUGAAAAAAAUUGUGACACUUCGUGACAAGGGGGUCUAAGAAGGUCAUUUUUAGCCUGACAUAAUUCACGAACGAUCCCUAACUGAUAAUAUUUUCAGUAAAUUAAAAUACAGCUAUAAAUUAGUUUUAGCCAAAUCAAACAUUGGAUUAGGAAAUAUGCAGUAAAUUGCAUCAUUGGGUGCUAAUUACAAAAGUGGAUCGUUAUGGACAUGUACAGGACAAAGCACUGCAUGCAUUCUAAAUUAACUAAAUAUAUAAAAAGUAUAUUAUUUACUUUUUUUAUUGGCUAAAUUAUUACUUGAUUUUGAACUCUCUUAUAUGUUACUCUACUAUCAUGAUUUGCAGAGUGAAAUAAAUGUUUCUCUUUAUUCUUUCUUAGAGCUAAACAAGAGCUCAGUGGAUGGUUUUUCUGCUGGUCUUAUUGAUGAUGAGGACUUGUUCAAAUGGGAAACUGUUAUAUAUGGGCCCCCUGAAACACUUUAGUAAGUAUUAAUUUUUUAUAUAUUACCAAUAUAAUUUUAAAAUAUAGGCAAGCUGUCUAGCUAUUUGAAUUUUAACGUCAACGUUUGGUCGGAAAUAUUCAUAAUGUGCUACUUUGAUAAGUAUAGGAUAUUUUUCCGUGACUGGUUAACUUAGAAAAUGCAAAUAAACCUCAAAAUCAUUUAUUCUUUUACACUUCUAAGUGCAUUUAAACAAAACUUUUUCCCUAUGUAGUGAGGGCGGAAUGUUCAAAGCCCACCUUCUCUUUCCAAAAGAGUACCCUCACAGACCGCCAAAAAUGAAGUUUGUGUCCGAGAUGUGGCAUCCUAAUAGUGAGUACAAGUACUGCACAUUUUUAAAUGAAGUUAUUGUGUGCAUAUUAUUUGCUAGACAGUUGUUUAGUACUUUAUAGUUCUAUUUAAUAUAGAAAGAUGUAAUAUGUUAUUGGCAUCAUUUUCUUCUUAGGCUGAAGUAACGAUCAGUACUUUUUUUCACCUCUCAUAAUAGUCGACCAAGAAGGAAAUGUUUGUAUCUCCAUCCUACAUGAGCCUGGCGAUGACAAGUAUGGAUAUGAGAAGGCAGCGGAGCGGUGGCUCCCCGUUCACACUGUGGAAACCAUCUGCAUCAGUGUCAUCUCAAUGCUUGCUGACCCAAAUGAUGAAUCUCCGGCCAACGUUGAUGCUGCUGUAAGUAAGGGUCAUGGGCAGAGUAAUGGCUGCUCUGGAGUUUUACGGAAUGAAUGCCCAGUGAGGGGGAGUCUACAUUGGCUCUGACACAAAUAUUAAAAAGAUAUUUUGUGACAGGAGUUCGUGACAUUAAUUUAAGUGAAUAGCUAUCAUUAGUGUAUGCUUUAUUUGUCUAACUACAUUAUUUGUAAUGCAUCUGUUGUCAUACUAUGGCAAAGUAUUAUGAAAUAUUUUCAAAAUGAAGCCAAUACUGAAUUGACCAGUCCCAUCCUAAAAUAUUAAUAUCAAAAUGUUCUGGUCCCAUGUCCUGGGUAAAUUUCAUUAAGUUCCGUAUUUAGUUCCAUUACAAAGACAGCUGUGGUAUUUGAUCAUCUUGUUAUAAAUCUGUAGCUGCUGGAUAUGAUUUUUAAAGGUUCAUAGGGUGAAUGAAACUCGACUAAAUGUUUGAACAUCAUUGUUUUCUUUUGAACUUUGUAAAGCUUUGCCACCACCUUAUGUCCUUUAAAAUACAAGAUACAAGGUUGUAAUUUCAGUUUUCAUUGCCGUCUGCAUCUACCUAUUCUUUUACAGAAAAUGUGGCGGGAAAACUAUGAAGAAUUUAAAAAGAGAGUAACAAGGACUGUCCGGAGAAGUGUAGAAGAAUUAUGAUGGCCUUGAACUUCUAUUGUAUGUGCUUUAAAGUGAGUGCUUGUGUUUUAUAUUAUCUCUUGAAUGGAGAAGUAGCCACACCCGCAUCGUAAUGGUAUCAUUACAACCUAAGUAUUGCUGUGGACUUAAGUUAUAUUAUAAAUUGUGAGUUUUGUAUGAACAUUGUACCGGUAUGUCAACUGAAUUUUUUUUUUUUUUCAGCUGGUCCUUUUGCAACAGAUAAAAUAAUACAUCAGCUCGGCAGCAUCCUUCACAAUAACAGUUUUGAUGUUCUGGACUUUUGCCUUGAUAGUGUGCUCCAGAAAGUCCAGACCAUGUUUUUUGUGCAGAAAUUUUGUUGACUGGUAUAAACACACUAACUCUGAAAUAUUUAGUGAAUUCUUUUUUUUUUCUCCUGGAUAUACAGUUUCUACUCUAUAAAUUGGAGCAUAUUUAUUGUGAUUAAUUAAAAAUAAAUUAUGAAUUUUUUUUUCAAUUUUAGGAGCAACAAAAAAUAAUGGUUUGUUGUUGUUUUUUAAAGGGAAUGGAAACGCUGAAUUCUGGUCUCCGCUGAAUUCUGGUCUCCGUUUUCAUGAUUAAUGUAUAAAUUAGGUCAUUUUUAUUACCUCAUACAUUAAUAGAUAAAUUACCUCGUGUUAAAUACUUCAAUCCAGAUAGAAUGUCUGAAAUGAUUGUGUGUAAUACAGCUUGUCAAGAUAGAGUUGGUGUGUUUAUCACUGUGUGAUUAUUUCUGAUGACCUUCGUUGGCAUUAUCAGGGAUUAUUGGUUUGAUGUCAUGCUAUUCAUACUUCCCCUGUGUUGAUAGAGUAAAUAAACGUGUGCAUUUUAUUUGAUUUUGAACCUCUUUUUUGCCCAUCGAAAUGUAAUGAAAUUCUGAUAAAUGGACUUUAUUUCAAAGUUUAACAAUAGAUAAAUCAUAAGUAAUAGAUAAAUCAUAAGUAUAUUUUUGAUAGAAUUGCUAUGAAUUUUUUCUUGUACAUGCUUUUUUUUUUUUAAAGAAUCAAAAUAUUUACUUUAUUGUGUAGGUAUUUCAUUUUUAAAAUACUUUUUACUCAAUUUGAAUAGGUUGGGUUGAUCUGCUCGAGUUACACAAAUCAGGCAAAGACAAUGGUGUUGAAUAAUAAGAGAUAGAUCAUUGAUAUAAUUAAAAUGUCUGAGGACGUAAAUUGUAAAUUUGUAGACUUUUCUGUUGGGUAUCAGACCUCACUAUAUAAAUAUUGUUACCGGUACUUCAGAAAAUGAAACACAAAUAGGGUAAUUUUAGACAAAUUUAAUUAUAAGUAUAAUUAUUACAUUUGCACCAAAUUAGUGGUUACACUACAAACUUAUCUCCAUUACAAAGUUAACUCACUUUUUUUUUUUUUUCUUCAGAAACAGGGUUAAAAAAUGUGUAACUCCAGUGUUCAAUUUCAUCCUAUUUGAUAUUAAAUUGUAACGAUUUGAAGUACUUUGUGCACCAGUCAAAUUAUUGUUGUCUUUUAAUAAAUACAAAAUUAAUUUUAAGUGAAAAUCUUCCAGCUAAGCCCAUUAGUUUCACUUAUCAAUACUGUAUGGACUUUAAAUAAUUUCCAAUGAAGCAAGACAUUUCAUUCUUCCUUCUAAGUAAUGAUGACCUUGUGCAGCUAAUUGUGUAUGGGUUGUAACAAUUUAGAUGAAUCAAUUGUGUAGUUUUUCCUCUCUCAAGCUCGUUGUUGCAAUAUGUAAAUGGUUGUUUGUGAUGUGCAGCAUGAUAAGAAGAUAUGUACACUGGUUCCAUCCUUAUAAAUUGGAAAAAUGUUGACCAUCAACAAUUUAUUGGACACUACUUUUGAAAAGUUGCACAGGAAAUUAUGGUUAUUUUAAAUAACAAAUUGUCAAUAUAAAACCUGUACCGGCAUAAAAUUUAAAGCCCCAUAUCUGAAUUAUUGCAAAAUAGCUAAGAUAGGACUUAUAGCUGAACAUUGCAUCUAGCAAGGGCAAAACUAUACAUUCACUUUAUGCUAUUGUAUUGAACAUAACAUGUCUCCAUGAAUAUCAUUUCACAUGUCUGUCAAAUUAGUAUUUUUUGCAUGGUGAUAAUUUUGUUUGUUGAUUAAUGCCAUUUUGAGAAACUUUUUACUGAUACACUGGGGUAAGUCUACCUUGUGAGAUGGUCAAUGCCUAGGAGAAACGUUGGUACUGUCAUCUGAUGGGGUGCCAGCAAAUCCAUAUUUGUCAAGUUCGGAAGUCAUGUUUCAGAUUAAAUUAUUUCCUUAUGCUUUUUUCCCCAAUCUUUUGUGUUAAUCAUUUGUUUAUUGUUGAUUUACUCUUGUAAAUGAAAUAGUUUUUUCCCAAACACAUCUGCAUAAUGAAAAUUUCUUAUGGUACCCAAAAACAUUAAACAUUGAUAGCUUGUUACAUUUUGGCCAAAUUAAGGUACAUUUU